CUUCCACUUCUCCCUCCCUCUAGCUUCUCCACGAAGCCGGGGCGAAACCCUAGCUUCCGCCCCGAAAACCCAAAUUCCAGAGCCAUCCAGAGGAGUCCUUGGAGGGUGGGGCCUCUGAUGGACGGCGCCGACUCCGCGCAGGCUUCGGUGGAGGCCGGCGGUGCCGCGGAUCUGGAUCCCCGCCGCCCCACGGCCGCCGCGGUGGUGGAGGAGGGGCAAGGAUAUGUGGACUCGUUACUCGGGGCGUCGCUUCAACUGCUCCGGAAGGGUCUCCCCCACGAAAUCCGGCGCCAAGGCCUGAAGCUGAUGCUGCACCUGUUGAGAUAUAGGUGGUAUGAUCUUCGCAUAGAGGAGUGGAGGGCAUCUGAUGAUAUUGCUGAUUUGGUAGCAGGGUUGUAUGGCACCACCAAUAUAUUACCUUCAAAGAAUGCAAUAGCUACUUUAAUAGCAGAGGCAAUUUUGAGCGGUGGAAUUUCUUUAUUGAAUGAUCUGCUACCUUCAAUUAUUGUUCUAGCAAAUAGAGGCCCCACUGAGGCGGAGUUGGCUGCCUUCAUUUUUAAGUGGAUUUCUGAUUUUAGGAUUUUAUGUACUGUGGAUUUAGAAGGUGGUCAAUCUGAAGUGAUUUUUAAUGGUCUAGAUGAUGCUCUGCCAAAUAUUCUGCUGUUCCUGUCAUCAUUACUCGAGAAAUGCGGUGGAGCUGUUCUUGCUAAACACCCAGAGCAGCUAACUGUAUCAGGUAAAAAGCAUGGGUUGACAGUAGCAGCAUGCUUGCUUGCUGCAAAUGCAUAUGCAGAGUGGGUUCCGGUGGUUCAUCUUGCCAAAUAUGGUUUAAUUGAACGAUGCAAGUCUCUCCUCAAUUUCAGUAAUCCCCAAGUUCUUGCUUUGCGGUUUUUUAAAGUCGUCUGCCAAAGAAGAAGACCCCUUUAUGCUACAGAGGAUUAUGACACUGCAAUGAACCUGGUCUUCUGGGCAUUGAUGAACAUUUCAAAAUAUUGUUUGACUACAUCUAAAACUUGUUCUGGUCUUCUUGAUGAAAGCCUGCUUGAAUUUGCUGGGCGGAUUUGUGAAUGUUUGGUUGCUCUGGGUUCCUUCAACAUGCAAUUUAUUAUUAAAGAUGGAAAUAGGGCAACCCAUUUCUUUCAACAGAUGCUGGAAUACUACCAACAUUAUAAGAUUGCGCUUCAUUUUCGGUGUUUGCAAUUUUGGCUGAUGGUGCUAAUGGAUCUGUCUAAAGAAAAUUAUGUUGCCCCUUAUCCUGUGGCUGUUGCUUCUGCUGUCAAUCCGGCAUCUUUCACCAAUUCAACUGAGAAGACGAACAGUGGUGCAUUAGUUUUUGUUAGUGAUGAUAUCUGUGAUGGAAUGUUGGACAUUUCAUUUGAAAGAAUACUCAAGAAAUCUCCCGUCACAUCUCCAGAGUGGUUGGAGCUAUGGAGUGACGAACUUCAUGGAAAGAAUGGCUUCGUACAGUACCGCUCUCUACUUUUGGAUCUCAUCAGAUUUAUUGCUCAUGAAAGACCAAUCAUUGCCGCCAGCAGAGCUGUACAGAGAAUUAGUUGUAUUAUUGGAGAUGCGAGUGAGCCACUGGCCCUGUGCAUCUUUGUCCUGUUGGAAUACCCAUACUGUGGAUGGUUGAGAUCAUCUGUUGGAUUUGGUGGCACUCUGCUGGGAAGUGGGGAGGCCAUUCUGUGGUAUUCAGAAAGUCAGGCAAAGAUUGUGGUUCAAGGGGAAGAUGGUGACUGA